GGUUGAUUUGGCGACCACCACCUACCUCUCGCCGUCCCCCACCCCCAUGGCAUCCUCCCCGGCCGGCCGGCCACACCAAGAUUAGCCGGCUAAUCCAGCUAUAAGAACCCACCCUUCCUCCCUCUCCUCAUUCCCCAGGCAGCAGGCAGGCAAGCUAGCUACAAGCAAGGGCGCGCGGGGCGCAAACAAAUAAUAGCAGGUGCGAUCAUCCUUUGAUCCAUCUUGCUAAUAAGCCUGCCCGCCGCCCUUCGAUCUUCCUCAUCUCCGACGUUCCGUUCGGCAACGCCGCCACACAUCGAUCAAGUCGCGAUGGAGAUGAAGAAGGUCGCCUGCGCCGUCCUUGUCGCUGCCGCCUCGGCCACCGUGGCUCUCGCCGCUGAGGCCCCGGCGCCCGCCCCUACCAGCGCCUCCUCGGCCGCCGCCUUCCCGGCCGUCGGCGCCGUGCUGGGCGCCUCCGUGCUCUCCUUCUUCGCCUACUACCUGCAGUAGAAUUCGAGGAGGAGGAUCGGAGGAAGAGACCAGGAGGCUGCUGGCUGCCAUUGCCUGCAUUCGGUUGGAUUCUGUUUUUAUAUAUAUGCUAUAUAUAUAUUAAUGUAUGUAUACCUUAAUUUGGGUCUGAACAUGUCGAUUGAUCCAUUCAUUUUUUUUUGCUUUGCCUUGUCUCCCCUUUCUGUUAAUCUCGAUCUGUAAAGAGGGGAGAAUGGGAGACACUAUUUGUUUGGACAUGACAAUUGGAAAUUAAUCAAUACCCAUUUGUUAGUAAUUAA